GAAAGUCGCCCUCUAGUGGUCCGCCAGUGCAGCGAGCACCGAACUUGCUUCCUGAAAGGAGUUGUCAUAGGCGUGGUCGAUAACAUAUCGCGCUGAGGCAGUUACCUGAAAACAAUAAGAUUAAAGGACGCUGCUGGCGGCGUUCACUUUAAUCUUCGUCAACGAAACUGAUUUGUCUGGCAUCUUCCAUCCAUCAUCACCGAAGACAACGACCCAAGGGAGAGACACCAUGCGGACCACCCUGCACCAGGCUGGCCCUGGAACAUCUGCAGACCUCGAGCUGAGAGUUGCCCAGAAGAUUGGCUGGCAACUGGCAGAGAUCGGAGAUGAACUGAACCGGCAUUACCUCAACAAACCACCAAAUCCCUGGCUCCUCCCCCUUCUCGGGGCUGGCCACGCCCACCGCCUGGCCAGGAACCGCAUUUACAGGCGCUUGUUCGGGGCCCAGCAGAUGCAGAGGAGGAGGCCGGGGGAGAUAUGGGCGUGGCUGAUCACUCACUUCCGCAGGCAUGUGGUCAGAGCGGAGUGCCGAGGAUCCUGGGUGAGCGCGGGCCUGGGUCACCCGUACAGCUGGGCAGCCGGGAUGUUCACGGCAGUGCUACUGGCCACCGCCGUCGCCUGGAUCAGCUUCUGAGGGGACGACGUCUCGACUAUUUGCACUGAACGGCCAUGAGCUGGUCCAUGGCCACAACAGUUUUUUUUUCUAAUUCAUUUUUUAAAAAUAUAUAUAAUUAUUUGCUCUUUUUCCCUCUGAAGUGACAGAGUGUUUAUGGCAGGUGGCUGGCUCACUGUUUGUACCGCACCUUUACGGAUAAGCGGCGCGGGUUUAGUUACGUCGUUGCUGGUUUGCACCCCCGUUUAAUAACGCACCGGGGAUUGAACAGGCCAAAGGAACUGGAUGGUUUUGGACAAACUACACCAUGAACAGUGUAAGAAAAGCUGGUCUUCUCUGAUGUGAAACUUUUGUAUUGACUUUUGAAUUAAAAGAUAUACUUAACUCAUA